AUGGCUGACAACUCCAAUCCUACCCUCUCCAAUAUCAAAAAUGUUGUUCCCAUUGUUUUGGAGCUCAAUAAAGGCCAAUACUCUCACUGGGCAGAACUGUUCAAACUUCACUGCCGUGUGCAUCGUGUUAUCGAUCACAUUAUUCCGACUCCCUCUUCCGCGACUGACGAGUCUGUCACGAAGAAAACUGCUGCUGAUAUCGCCGAAUGGCAACGUCUUGACGCUGCUGUCCUUCAAUGGAUAUAUGGAACCAUCUCUCACGAUCUCUUGAGCACCAUCAUCGUACCCGACACCACUGCCAUGCAAGCUUGGGAAAGCAUUCGUUUGAUUUUUCAAGACAACGAAAUUUCAAGGGCUGUUUACUUGGAGCAAAGGUUUAAUGAUGUCAAACUCGAUAAUUUUCCCAACAUGGACGCCUACUGCCUCGAACUCAAGACUCUCGCCGAUCAGCUUGCCGGCGUCGGUGCUCCGAAUUCAAAUAAUAGGCUCAUGUUGCGUCUGAUUGCCGGGUUGAACGCAAAUUAUGAUGGUAUCGCAAUCUCCCUUUCUCGUGCCAGACCCAUUCCUCCUUUCACAGAAGCCCGUUCGAGUUUGUGUAUGGAGGAACGCCGCAAAGCCCACCAGGCAGAGCACGGUGCCGCCCUUGAUGCCACCGCACUUAUUGCCGCCGAUGAACCUGAACAUCAACCUGCAACCCGUUCGAAUCAGCCUCGCAGGGGAGGUCACAAUAGCGGUGGUCGUGGCAAUUAUAAUGGCAAGAAAGGUGGUCGAGGCAAGGGCAGAGGGGGCCACCACAACGGCACCGCCUCCGGGUCACCUGCUGUCGGUGGUCAGCAGGUCCACCAGCAGCUGAAGCAGCAGCAACUUGGUUCUUGGCAGUGGGUUCCCUAUGUUAGUGCAACAAUGCUGGGCAGUGCCUCCUAG